AAGCCACCAUGAAAUCUCUCCUAUUUACCUCAAAACCGCCAUUGAUCUCCACGUCGAAUUUGCAACGACAUCUCUCAUCUACGCACUCCUCCUCCAUCCCUCCGAACCGCCGCCGCCCUCCGCCGCUCAAACCAUGGAAACUCGACGCCAAAGCCAAGGGCUUCGCCGGCCCUCCGCGGCCGCCCGGAAAAGCCCGUCCCACUGCCGGAAGACCCGACACGAGCAAAAGCAACUACGACGACGGUGAAGACGACGACCAGAUCCCGCAGGCGGUGUUCGGGAGGAUGAUCGGGAGGAUUCUGGCGUUCGUGGGCGUCCCCAUGGCGACGGGCGUCGCGCUGCUUAACGUUUUCGGGGCUAUUAAGGAGCGAGAGCUGUGGGACGUUCCCCGGUGGCUGCCGUUCCUGAUGACGUUGCUGUGCUUCGGGGCGUCGGCGCUGGGGAUCGCGUACGGGACGCUGUCGAGCAGUUGGGACCCGGAUAAGUCUGGGUCGGUUCUCGGGUUGGAUGAGGCCCAAAGGAAUUGGGCCGAAAUCUGGAAAGAGGAAGAGCAAACGUAGGAACUUGGGAGCCCCCCCAAUUCGCGGUUGCAUGGUCAAUGGUCAAGCUCACAAAAGCUUACUUAAGUAUGUGAAUCGACACGAUUUUUCGUAUGAACUAUAAUGUGAUUAGUUUGUCCACUACCUAUGCAUGUUAUAUACCAAGUUGCUUUGCAUAAUAAAAAGGUGACUAGUUAGGUAUUA